GGCAAAGACAGAAAGAAGGGAGGAAUAAAACGAAAUAGGCAAAAUGACUUGGAACUGUGUGGGAAGACAUGGGAGGAGCUUACAAAGUAUAAACUUGGAUGUUUCCUAGCAGUGGAGAGCUUCAGGACGGUAAACGAUGCCAAAAGUAAAUGAAGAGGACGAAUGCACCGUCUCGUUAACAGAACAUUUGGCGGAUUUUCUUUAAAGUUCAGUCUUCUGGAACAUCCGCGAGACGCCAGCAGCUCAGGAACUGACGCGGGAUCAAGUCUUCGGGUGCACCGGAGCUGGACUCGGUGUUGCAUGCGUGGAUCAGAUAUUCCUGCAUAGUCCAAAUACACUCUCUUGAACUAAAAGAAAGAAAGCGCACUUAUUUCGUAAGAUGAUCUGCUUAUUGUUUUUGUUCCACUGUGCUGCCGGCGUGUUGUCGUCUUCAACCCAGGUGGCUACAAUCUACCCUCAAGACCCGGCCCUUUCCAUCGGCUCCAGCCUGACAGCCACAUGCUCAGUGAAUCCAGACCACGGUGUUCAUGCAGGCUCACUCUACUGGACGCUGAAUGGGAAGCGUCUUCCCAGCAGCACCUACAGCAUUCUGAGCCCGACUGUGAUCAGCGUCACCCUCCCUCGGCUCUCCGGGUCCCGCCAGCGCUCCGGAGACAACCUCGUGUGCCAUAACAGCGGGGGUCAUGUGCUGGCUGGCUCCUGCAUCUAUGUUGGCAUGCCUCCUGAGAAACCUGUGAAUCUUACCUGCUGGUCCAGGAACACUAAAGACCUCACCUGUAGAUGGGCCCCUGGGAGCCAGGGGGAAACCUUCAUCAAGACAAAAUACACACUCAAAUAUAAGCUCAGGUGGUACGGACGAGAAAAGGAAUGUGAGGACUACAGCGCGGGAGAACCAUAUACAUGCUACAUCCCCCGCGACCUCGCCCUCUUCACGCCCUACGAGAUAUGGGUGGAGGCCUCCAACCAACUCGGAACCGCAACAUCUGACGUCAUCUACUUGGAUAUCUUAGACGUGGUGACGACAGACCCACCAACUGAUGUGACCGUGAGCCGAGUGGGCGACCUGGAGGACCAGCUGACUGUGCGCUGGGGGACACCGCCUGCAUUAAAAGACUUCCUCUUUCAGGCCAAAUACCAGAUCAGAUACAGACUGGAGGAAAGCAGCGACUGGAAGGUGGUGCAUGAUGUUGGGAACCAGACUUCCUGCAGGCUCGCAGGGUUGCAGCCAGGCACGGUGUAUUUUGUGCAGGUGCGCUGUAAUCCGGUCGGGAUUCUGGGAUCUAGGAAAGCAGGCAUUUGGAGUGACUGGAGUCACCCAACGGCAGCCUCAACACCACACAGUGAGCGGCUGCUAACAGGGUCAUGUGACUCGAAGGUGGGGCAGCAGAACUCCACGUUGCGGAGGGAUUUGAAGCAGUUCUUUGGCUGGGUGCGCAAACACGCCUACGGGUGCAGCGGUAUGAGUAUCAAACUUUAUGAUCAGUGGCGGGUCUGGCUGCAGAAAUCUCACAAAACACGCAACCAGGUAGGUUCUUCAAGGAGAUAAAUCAUAGCACGUCGCCCCUGGCAGGCAGAACAUUUAACAACAACAGCACACUGUGGAAGAAUUCACAUUUUCCAGACUGCUGCUUGGCUCAGUGCAAGAAACUUAACGUACAGCUGGACUCAAAACGGGAUGUUCAAACAACAAAAGGUGACGGGCAUUUGGUCCCUCGGACACAGAUUAAAUUGUGCAGUUCUCUAAAAUGCCUUAUUAUAAAGGAAAACAAACUCUCUUUGAUAUUAGCCACGGAGAUCAAAUGGACUAUAUCUUCGCAUCUCGUUAUCCUUGGAGACAAGUUCUUGAUCGUGUUGGGGAGCAAUUAAUUAAAGGUCAUAAUUUGCACAUUUAGUGAUGACUAUGCAUGAGCCAUGCUUAGUCGACCUGACACAUGGUCUUUACGUGGACCCGUGACGUUUUCGGAUCUUGCUAACAUUACCCGACCUGUAACAUUAAAGGGGUUCCUCACGGACAAAUGGAAAAUGUCUGAACGUUUUUCUUCAGCCAGCGUUUUGUUUAACUUCAAGACAACUGGAAUAAUAUUAAAACCAUCCAGUUUUACCAAAGGUACCUUUCAUGAAUGUUUGAGUGACUACAGCAGUUUACCUAAAAAUCUGACAGGUAUACCUCACAAUACAUCUUGCCAAUUUUCAGUCUCCUGUUUCUUUAAGUAACCAGUACAUGCCGCCAUAUCAAAAGUUGCAAUGCAAUGCUAUGCUGAAAAUAUCAAUAAAUCGAAAUAAGCCUCUCUCUUAAAUAAGUCCCACUGCAGUCGUAAAGGAGGAUCUACAGACAUUCACUAUAUUCAGGAUCAACACUACGACAGAGUUAACAUGUUGGAACCCCAGGACGGACUCAUGUUGUUUCUCAUGUUUAUAUAUGUGUUGCAGUUACAAAACUGUGACUGUGUUUGUAGCAUUGAACUGUUUGGAAAUAAUUUUAUGUAUUGAGACAUUUUACUGCUUUUAUUUUUGUACUGAAUUAUAUCCGCAUAUUUAAAUUCAAAGUUAUGUUUUGACUCUUAAGUUAUGUGUAGGUAGAUUAUAUUAUUAUUGACUGAACUGUAAAACCCUAAUAUUGUUCAUUAAAUCCUUCU